CAUGGGUAAACUCUUGGUUGUAGUGGCUGUUCUCUGCCUGGUUGCGGUGGCAUACGGAUCGGGAGGAUAUGGUGGAUAUGGAGGUUAUGGAGGAUAUGGAGGAGGCUGGGGAGGAUUGGGAGGAAUAGGUGGAGGACAUGGAGGAUUGGUAGUAUUAAGUGGAGGAAAAGGAGUAGGAUGGGGAGGAUUGGGUGGAGGAUUUGGUGGAGGAUUUGGAGGCAUUGGAAAGUUUAAUGCUGGAGGAAUUUACGCUGGAGGUGGCUAAGGGAAAGAGUACUGAAGAGGUCCCGGGGAGAAAAAUACAGAGAAUUCGGACAAACAGGAUACAGUUAGCACUGCUCGAUCAGCUGUAAUUAAUUUAGCUUUAUUAAAUCUUGCAACUUA